AUGUGUGACUUGCUUCCAACGCAAGAUAUCGCAGAGUGCCAGGUGCCUGAGGAAGAAUCUGUCGUCAAAGAAAAACCAUGGGCGCGUUUGCUUCCUCUUAAGGGGUCUAUCCCCGCCUUGGGUAAUUCUUUGUUGACAAACUUUAUUCUCCAGAUUUGGUGAAGGAUUCCUAUACAUUUGGAAGAGAAGAUAGUUGCGACUUCAAAUUCUCCCAUAACAUGUUCGACAAGUCUGCACCAUUCUCAGCCUUUAGCAAGUUGCAUUUUCGAAUCACAAGGGUAAUAAUCUUACCUUUUGUUUAUUUCCCAAGGAAUCGACCUCACAAGGAUUGCUUGUUUUCAUUCAUGAUUUGAGUAGCAAUGGCACUUUUCUGAACGAAGUAAAAAUUGGUAUGGUUGAUUUAUUUCACUACUGUUGUAGGUAAGGGCAGAAAACAACCACUAAACAACAACGACGAAAUUGCUUUGGCGAUAAAAUCUCUUAAAUGUAACCUCACCAUAUUUGUCAUAGUCUUUUAGGCUUUAUAUUCUCCGACUUAACUUCAGUCCAGACUGAAUUUCCACCAGAGGUCAUUUCGAGGUAUACUGUGUGCAGAAGAUUAGGCCGGUAGGUGCACCCUUCGAAAAAAUGAAGUGACUUGUAGUGGUGCCUGUGGCGAAGUCCGGCUUGUUUUUGGUAGGGAGUCAUGUCAGAAAUAUGCUAUGAAAAUUGUACAAAAGAAGACAUUUUCCUUUCUCGCCAAGACUAAUGAUGUAAGCAUGUUCUACCGUUAAUAUCCUAGAACCUCGUCAACCGCGUUCAGUCCGAAGUGGCCAUUUUGAUGCGGCUGAAUCACGUAAGUUACCUUAAUGCCGUAUUUUCUGUACGUUUCAAAUAUGAAAACAGCUUGGUAGGGCAAUUUCAUCCCAGCGGAUUUGAGGUUUAAAGUCGCAGUAUGCGGAUGCAAUUGCAUAGGUUAACCUAUGUGGCAAUUCCACAAUAGCGUUUUAAUUGUGUUUAGUGCUAUUGGUGCCACGAUUUGCGUAGUACGAGCACUUGUAUGUGACUCUACACGUGGUCGAGUGCGCAAAUCCCUUCGAAACUUCUCCAAUCACCUGUGUGCUACGAGACGUUUUUUUGUAAGAAAAAAGUAUGUGUGCCUAAACAUCCUAUAAACGUUUCUUUAGGCUUCUAUUAUUUUCUGCUUAACUUGUUCCCAGAAAGGCUGUUCUCACGCACAUUUAAUGGCUAACGGUUACUCCUCCUUUAAUUUCAGCCCUGCAUUGUGCGCAUUUUUGAUGUCAUCGACACGGACGACGCCUUGUACAUGAUACUCGAGCUGUAAGUUUACCACCGUUUUCUAUCUUCCACCACUAUUAGUGUCGAGCAUGGUGAGCUCUUUGAUCGCGUCGUGAGUCUUGGACAACUUAGCGAAGAGGAUUCGAAGUUCCUUUUUCUGCAGAUAGUUUUAGCCACCAAGGUAACAUCCGGAUUCUCAUUAACCAAGGUUUUAGUACCUUCAUGACAAUGGAAUUACUCAUCGGGACUUGAAGGUAUUUUUGAUGCCAAAAUUUUGUCAAUAUCUGUGUUAUAUUUUUCUCUCAGUCUUUGCCCAUACUUAAAUUUCCAUCAUUGUUCGAAUUGCCUGUUCGGGAUGUUUUCGUCCAUCAUUCGCUCACCGCCUUUUCGGCAUUAUUUCUGCUACUAUACCGCAAUAUGAAGUUUUUGUAAUUAUUUUAUUUCAUUAUCCUGCAGUUAUUAAUGUUCUCCUAAUUUCUUAUGCAGCCAGAAAAUAUACUUCUUUCUGGGCCUUCCAACCGUUGCUUGAUUAAAGUAACGGAUUUUGGUCUUUCAAAAUUCGUUGAUGGCAACACAAUGCUCCGGACAUUUUGCGGCACACCAACAUAUUUGGCUCCUGAGGUCCUUCUUACGGCCGGUUGUGGAGUGUACACGUCCUCUAUCGAUGUCUGGUCUCUUGGUGUCAUCCUGUAUAUAUGGUAAGGCAAGCUUUGAGAUACCUAUUAAAAUAAUAUGUGUGAAUCCUCUUUCGUUUUGGAGUUGCGCCUUUGUUGUGCUAUUUAUUUUGGACAGCACUAAUGAUGGAGGAAGCAACCACAGCAUUUAAUUAUUUGAUUAUUUACUAUCUCAGAGCAAUCAAAAAUGUGAAUGUCGUUAACCGUUAUUAGUGAUUAAAACAUUCAAAUUAAGCGCUAUAGACAAAUCGGAAACUCGUAAACCAUUAGAACAUGGAAAGUUUCAUGCGGAAUCAAUCUCCAUCCGCCCGAAAACUACCUUCCUUCCCCACCUCCCAACACUCAGGUCGAGGACAAGUCCGCCGUGCAAUCAAAUCUUACUUUGCCCCUCUCACCAUCGUUUUGAUAUCAAAACUGGAAUAUUUAUGCACUGGCGACGUCUUUGAGUUCCUAACUUCCUUAUGACACGUGCUGUCACACAUUUUAGAGCUGGCUGCUUUUCACUCACAUUAAAUGUGAUAUUUGCCAUUCCAUACCCGAUUUUGUCAGCAUUUAUGAACUCUGAUUCCCAUCGCACCUUCAGUUCCAUCUAGUUGCUCGGUUGGGUAUUGACUCUUUAUACAGUUGUUCUAGGUGCUCACUGGUAAUAAUCGACGUUCUUGUCUGCCGGUCAAAGGAGCGCACAGUAUUUUCCUUGUCUUCAUCGGCCAUGCCGUCCCUACUACUACUUCGAACAACAUAUUGGCCUGGCAGGUCAUAACUUACAGUCUUUAUUCGACGGUAUAGAGAGCUGUAGCCAAGAACUCCAAGACAGAAAAAAAACCCGUCUUCCGUUUUGAAUCAGACCCAAUCCGUAAACGGCAUUCUCUCUUCCCCUCUCUCAUUCGACUGUAGUUAACAGGGCCUGAUCUCGUGGCUUGGUUGCUAAGGCGUUAUGCGCAACGACCUGAUUUAGCCCCCAGACUUUUCAGACUCGGACUUGCAUCCUUUCUGCAAUCCUGUUUAUGAACUUUGUUGAAUUAAUUCCCAAAGCCGUUGUACUCACCUUUAUCAGUGCCGGGCUUGUCGCGGGACGAUGUCCGGCAGACCACCGACGGGAUCGAUUUUCUAGAAUUAAACUAUGAUGGCAUCCAGUUGUGCGUCGGAUACAUAAGGUCUUUGAGUCAGCCGGGCUAUCCUUCAGCACCAAAAAACCGAAUGACUUUUGAGGUGCCUCUCCGGUUAACAAAAGGUGCAUUUUGUAAUUAACGCCUGUCAGUUUACAGAUAUGGACAUUGCCAAAUAUCUUGAGGUCAGGCCGACUGUCAAAAACCCUAAGAGGACGGGCUUGUCUGCUUGACCAGCUGCGGUCUACCCGGCGCGUCCGCCUAUGGUACGGACUCUAAUGAAGGCUAUCUACAAGAUAAGUAAGCUGUCGGGUGUGACGAAUGAGGGGUUUUGGACCGUGCAAAUGUUAUACCUUCAGGCGCGUCCGAACACCUAUCUGCCGAACCGUUUGCCUGUAACAAUAAGGCACAGGGUAAUAGGGUAUAGCGGGUGCUGCUGAUAUCCAAGGAGGCUUUUCCCCUCGGCGUGCCCCUCCGCUUCCCUUCGGGUCAAGGUUCCACACUUAGGCUGGACGAGAGCAUGGACCCGACAAUUCUGUAAGCACAUCCCAGUUAAAUGAACACCUGGUUGGACUCGGAAAUCACCAACAGUCAUCCCAAAUUUUAAGCAACUACGUGAAGGAACUAAUAACGCUUUUCGUUGCUGCUCUUAAGUGUAGCUGGUGGAAGUUUACGCGAACAUAGCAAAUAAACAAGGCUUUCCGAUGCAUGUUACAAUGAUAGAGACGGAAGGAGUCAGCCGCAUUACCUACUCCUCGCUAAAAAAUUUCACAGGGGCCGCUACUCUUUGUGGUUAUGCUUCAUGAACCAACUCGACCGGGCAGUGGCAGUCGUCAUUUGUAUUCACAAGGUUUGUUCCUCACUGUCGUUACGAGUACACUUCUGCAAUAACUUCCGGAAUGGACUGUCUCUCUCGCAGGGGAUAGGACUCCCCUUUAUUUCAGUUUUGUUGAUCCACAUCGCUUUGUUGCUAGUUUUUUGGAUUUCAUUUAUUUACCGAGCCGGUUAGGUCUCCUGGGCUUUACGUGCCCCCUGUUAUGAUUCGCGGCGGUGCUAAUCCUCUCAGUAUACAUUGGGAUGGGUCUUCACCUGAGGUGAUAGUUUAGACCUGGAGGCGGGAGGGGUCGCAGGAGUUACUGAUUUCCAGGCUCGCCUAUUUCCUGAUCUCGCCUUUCCCAUGCGCGAAUUACAAGCGUCCAGCCAAUCGAAGGGCCACUUGUGCGGAAUAAAAUGGCCAAACGCUUGUGACAAGCAAGUUGGUUGCCCCUUGCUGCAGGCUCCACUUUUUUUAGUCUUGUUCAUUUACUUCUUCAGGCUAGCACGCACUUUUCCUGUGGGUACGGGACGUUGAUCAGCAGCGAGGCUGAUAAGCAAAGGCUUCUCAGUGGUAUGAAGUUUUUACAUCGCGCUGGUUCACCUCUAUCCACAUACCGUCGGAAUUUCGGAGCGCAGUGCAGUGAACAGUUUGGUACUUUAACUACUCCAAAGUAAAUAGACCAGAUCUCUUCCCCGCCAUCACCAGCUGGUCGACAGGUUCAGGCAGUCGUCUGGUGCAUGAAAGAGGGAAGAAAGUGGGGUCGACACUGGGGACUCUCUCUCCACGGUACAUCAGCGCACUUCCUACCGUGAUGAAUCUGACGCGCGUUUAAAUUGCCUUGAUGGGCCAAAAGUUUUGGCUGGGAAGGCUGCCAAUUGACGGAUUAACUCAGUCCUCGUGGCCAGUGCUGUAUGUGCACGUGGGGGACUGGCUGGAGGACGGAUAACUGGACUCAAUGACUCCUUCCAAAUGCGGCCUCUGUGGCACUCUUGAACGUGAGAACUGAGCCACCCUUUGUUUUCUGUGUUAACUUGGAUCAUCUUGCACGGACCAGGUGUGUGCGGCCCGGGUAAAUGGACUGACCCUGUCUUGCCACCGUACACAGUAGCGUAAGGGCGGAGCGAGUGCGGUAGAUGCUACGCAAGUCAGCCAUCAUUAUAAACUGCAGUAGGUGACUAAUCUCACGAAAUGUUAGCUGGAAUUUUAAAUGCGUUUUUGACCAGGAAGGGUUACUUAGGUGGCUUUGCAAUAUUGAUUAUCAUGCAGCAUAAUCCCCAGAUAUUUCCGUCACACCAGGAUGUAGGCUUUUGGGUGUCACCCCCCCGGCUGCCUACAAGGGCAACGCUGAGUGAAAAAAACUACUUAAGUUGCAUGCAAUUUUUCAUUGAUAUUCGAUGCCCUUCUAGAUCCGAAUUUAUUUUACCGAAAACACGCACAAAACUUCCCCUCAUAUUUAUUUGCUAAAAAACUCAUGUCUCGUUCAAAUUUUUAGCUUGAAGAGAAAACAGCUUUCGGUUUUUAGAAAUGUUCAUCAUUAUGAGAUUUUUUAAGACUGAAAUGUCCAUCCAAAUAACAUCGUGUCUGCCCGCUUGUUAAUACAUCCUUGGAAAAUCUCACAAGUCUCACUUGGCAUCUUUUUAAUGGCAUGGAGGGAUGCAUAAUUCUUCCUACAUGAAAAGUAUACAGCUUGUGUACUGUAAGCCACAAACGCAAAUGCGACGGCAGAUGGGGUUCAAAAUUAUUUGGGAAUUGAGAAGCUUUUUCAAGACCAUACAGGACUCGCAAAAGUUUGCAUCGCAUGUGGACUAUGUUGUAUACUUCAUAAGGAGCAUUAGUUAACGGGCAGACAGGAUACUUUUUGAACGGACGUUUCAGCCUUCAGGAUCUCAUCGAUUUUAUUUUUUAAAACCGAAGGUAAACAUAAUGUCCUACCACCUGAGUGCAAGAAGGGAGAAUUUCCUAGUGUUUUCCCUAAAAUACUCCCGGAUUUAUAAGAGCAUCGAAUAUCAAUGGAAGAGUGCAUAUUACCUAAGUAGUUGAUUUUUUUACCAAGCGCGAUUUUUGCGGGCGCCCGGUACGAAGUGGGUUCAAAAGCCAGCAUGCUAGCGUGACUGAAAUAUCUUGGAAUUACAACGCAUGUCAGAAUUUCGGUCAUUUUUUCAUGAGAUCGGUCACUUACUGUAGUUCAUUCGCGCGUCACCGUCCUGCACCCGCCUUGCUGCGGUGCACACGGUGGAACUGUCAUCUCGGAGGCCACUGGUUAAACCCUCUACAUUCGUUUUUCCUCUGUCUAGCCUUGUCGGAUACCCCCCAUUCACCGAUGAAAGAGAAGAUUUCGAACUUCAGCAACAAAUUAUUGGAGGCCACUUCGACUUUCCCGAGCGUUUCUGGUCAGGCAUCAGCGACUCGGCCAAGGACCUCAUCCGCCAGCUCUUAACAGUGAAUCCGAGCAAUCGGAUAUCUUUGAAGGUUUGCUCCUUAAUUUUCGUAUUUCCCCCGUUGAACUUAAACUAAUGGCGCGUUGUCUUGACCUCUAUAUUUAUGUUACCCUCCUUUCCUUCCUUAUACUGUUAUAAACUAUUCGUGAGUACUGUUAUCGAACUCGCUCUGUGAUGGCCUCCCAAUACUACAGCUAAAAGUUAUUUGGGACAACUUGAAUUGACCUUACCCUACCCCAGGCCAGAAUACCAGUCAGGUUCUUAACGUGCAGUUAGAAGCCCCUCUAAGCCAUGAACUUUGCGUUUUCUUUUUCUUGCGAUGGGAGCUAUCUCUAAAUACUGUGGUGCCAAUUUGGGCUCUGCACUUUUUUGGCAGAAAGCUUACGUACCAGUCGAGGCAUUUAGAAUAAUUAGGAAGCAGCAGUUAAGAUGGCUUUCUAUUUACACUAGUUGAAACAUCGUAGCUUGCAUCAAUUUAAGGGAACAUGCGACCGUCUAGUGGCUCUGUUGUUGCUUACAAUGUUCCAUGGGCGCCGGUGAUUUAAACCAAAACACCAACGUCUGGAAUGCAUCCAAAUCAACCCGAUUGUGCAAUCACAUUAUCACACCAGGAACAGUGACGAGUUUUUAGCUAUCUUAAAUCGAACUUAUCGUAGUUGGUUAGGGUCGGCUGACACUAAGCAUUCGCCAAUUUUCAGCACACAAACCAGUUGCUCAAACAAAAGCUCAGAAUAUAGUGCUGCUUCCUCAAUUCCAGAAGUUUGUUCCGUGUCCACACACCCGCUCGCGCCGUAUGAGUCGGUUCCCUGUCAAAAUGAACGAGCACGCCUUGUGCGCGGAGGUUUCAUCCGGUACGCCCCGUCGCGGAUGAUCAACCCUGAGUAGAGGAGUCUUUAGGACUUGGAGGUUUUGUGAUCUUCGAGAUGGUUUUUCAUUUAAAAGUCGGCUGUUUGUACUUCCAGCCCCAUUUCCCUAUGAAUGACGGAAUUCAAGCUUCCGACGCGACGUAGUUUCCAGGAAGCAAUUGAGAAGAGGGAGGAGGGACUGCUGGAACGAGAAUUUUAUUCGCCUGACCUUUCGAAUUCACACUGGAACCCGUCCUCAGAAGCAGCAACAGAUAAGGUAGUGGCUGUACGAAGGUUCCAUUUUCUGUAAGACACAGUCCCUGUCACUGCAUGCGUGCCGAAAUUAAUAGUCCCAGCAUUCGUCGCUGAUGGUCGUGUUUGGUGUAAUGGCCGCUUCAUCUUUCGCGUCAGGGUAGUCAAUUAGGGCAAUUUCGUUACCAAUGUUGGUUGUUUGUAUGAUAUUUACCCAACAGCUGAGGUCACGGAUACUCUCAUUGGAAGCAGCGUUCGCCUGCAUGGUCGUCAUGUGACUAAGCCCCCUGCCCGGGCAAAGCCUGAGGGCUGGAUAUCUACGGGAGGGCCUCAGAGCCGCAGCUCAUGCAGUUGUGACUUCCUGCGUAAAAUUUUGCCUCACUGGACUCAAAGAUUUAGCCGGGUGCCGGCGAAUGAACUUCGAUUGGGGAGUUGGCGUCUCCUAACUGCUGCUGCCUGUUUUACAAUCCGCGUCAGGAGUAAUCUUCCAGUUCAUCCUAUAUCAAAGCUCCUGCUCCACGCCACGAAACGCAACCAGUUUCCUGAAUCCGCCUCGGUCGUGUGCUGUUUCAGACAGGUGCCUGCGUAUGAUCGUCUGACCCUCAGUAGCAGAAGCACUAAAGAAACUUUCCUACUCCACCAAUGAACUCAUCAGUACACACGUUUUAGCAUUCAGUACUACUGGAAUCUUGUCUACACACAUCUUUCCCCUUUUGGCACUGGUACGCCGCCGCUCUCAAACCUACCACUGGGCAGCUGGGUGAUUGUGCGUUGGGUCCGCAUCUAUGUGUUAUGUUAGAGCAAGGCCAUGUUGUGUAAUACGGCUUUUGCUACUCCGCUUAAUGCCGCCUUAUAAUGUUCUCUCCUUCCCGCAUUUCCAAUUCUAUUCCUAAGCUGUUUUUUUCUGGGUUACAGCAGAACGACUGAGUUCACAGUAGUCCUCACUCUAUCCGUACACUGACUCUUCUAUUCUCCAACAAGUUCUUUCGAUUUUCUGCCCAAGACCCAUGGCAGCAUCGUUUCCCUAUCAGGCUGCCCAGCCUCGCCGACUGUCAGAACCAUACGUCGUACUCGAAGUUAACCAGUUUCAUAUCAAGCAAAAGUUGUUAUAAAUAUAGUACGAAUUAACAGUCUUCCUCAAAAGCAACUCUCUCCAGAAAUCAGGUUUCUAGGCUUUAUGUCGGUGAUAUUGCCAUGCCACCUAAACAAUAUACCCCAUCGUUUUAAUGAUAGACUGUGAAUCUGUCGCGUCAAAAUUGGUGAAAAAAUGGAUAUUUCUGUUAAGUGGGCUUUGGUAGUUAACAUGGACUCCUAGGGGUCCUAUUACUAUUCACCCUAAUCUUUCGCCAGGGACUCUGUGGUGCCUUUUGUUUCAUUCUUGUCGGUGCUGCUCCUCUUUCUAGAAAAACCCCUUUUAUUGAAGAAACUUUCGCUGAGAGCCGUAGUCCCCAAAUGGAAAACCGUAAAUCAGGACAACUGCUUCCUUCUUGACUCGUAUUCACUUUGGGUAACAUUUUGGUAUACAAGUUUCCGCAUAAUCCAGAUUCGAGCCCUUAAUCCAUACCUGCGACUUAUGCGUUAGUAAGCGCGCAACCUCGGGGUAUGCUUGCGCUCUUUCCAACUGAGACGACGCCAUCUUUGAGGUUUGUUCAAAUGAAAAUAAAGAUGAAGUACUACACUGAGUCUGGGCUCCCCUUACGGAUUCGGAGUUCCAUACUUUUUUCCGUAUCAUAAUACCUAACUUCAUCCUUACCUGACGGUCAAACCACUCCAUUAUCGGGAGCCCUCUCUCCAUUAUCGUUCCAAGGCCACCCUAGAGCACCCCUGGCUUUCGGAUCCCGUGAUUAGGAAGGAGGUCUCUGAUCUGAUGUCCGCCGCUGGCUUUGACUCAACUCUGAUCGAUGGCGAUCAAGGCUCCCUUCUAUCGGCCGCUCCCUCGGUUAAGCUAAAUGGCGUCGCUGGCUGUGACGUGAAUCCGAUCCUGGACGAAAACUCUACCACAACCGAUGCAAUUCCCUCCCCCACCCGUUUUACGGACGGCGACGCUACUUCCCUUCUGGCAAAUCAUGUAAGUGUUACAUACUGGAGUUCUGUGUUGUUACUCACUUUCCGAUGCUUACGUUCUGUUCCCGCUGGAGAAGUCGGCUUACCCAUUCGCCACCCGGCCGACCGGUAGAGGUGUGGAUACGUCGACUGCCACGGACACCAUGGCAUGAGUCGAGAUUCGCUGUUGAGGAACUUGCAUACGCUGGAGGCUUAGGAACCUAGUCCAAGGAUGAUCAUCUAAUUAUCAGCUUAGUGUUUGUGCGGACCUUCCGUCCGUGGUACAGUUGUGAAAUGAAUAACUUAUUUGAUAAUGUUCCAUGUUCGAUACAUCGUCAUCGUAGUCGGUUUGCCAAAUCACCACCUUCCUCGUCCUGUUAGCGAUGCCCCUACCGAUCUGCGACAGCUUAUUUGCCAGGCACAAGUCUUCAUACUUCGCGCGCAACCGUCACUGGAGGUCUGUCCAGAAAGCCAGCAGUUAGGGUAGCAGACAGGGCCUACCAUCCAAAACACAGUGCCGUUAAACUCCACCAAGCUAUUUUGUGCGGCCGGUCCUGUUUCUGUCUUCAUACGGUUUUACUGUGAAAAACACCGCGUGCUUUACCAACAAUAACGACAACGUCGUUGAACCCCUGCGUUAAGUUGCCUGCGCCAUGCUGACGCGGUUUUCCUUACCGAUCGUCUUUUCGUAAUCUGGACUAGCUAGAGCUCUGAGGAUACUUUCCACAGAAUUAUCUUGGAAUUUUGAAAGCUUAGCGGACCUUGUUCCCACCACUCCACGGUGUACGCAUGAUAUUCUGUAUAUUUUUUGUUCGUACGUACUGCGGAUGUCAUCAUUCCUGGUCCUUCUGGUCUUCACGCGCGCUUGUCAUAGUGAAGAAUUUAUAUUACACACUUGAUCAAUUAAGUCAGAUCAGAACGGUUUCACAUGAGAAUUUCCCCAUAGACAGCAAUAACGGCUAUUUAGACCACUAAUAUAUCAUUGAAUUACUUUGUAAAACUUGGCUAACAGUGUCUCAACUUCAUUACGUACUGUUUUGCUCACUUCCUUACCUGUCCUCUCCACUUUAUAGCCGCUCCUGGGAAAGAGACCGGCUGAAUGCUGUGAUACCUGCCCAAGCGAGAGUAAAAAGCCCCCCACGUAGCGUUGUGGAAGGGAGAAACUUAUCUUUUUUUUAAUGCUGCUUUCCGACUCACGGUGUACCAUUGUCUGACGCGCCGAGUUUGCACAUAUAACCCCACCGCCCCCCCCCAGAGAUUUUUAACUUGUAAAUGACCACUAUAAUUUUUCUAUACCAUUCCAUAAGACAUCAGAUUCCUCUGCCUUUUAACCCUCCACUUAUUGCACUUUAUCGCCCUUUAAUAAAGAUGCCCAAUGAUCGAGACUGGUUGAUCGCUUUUUUCGUACUUCUGGACGGUUCUUUGAUGCUAUUUAUGGUAUAUUAGGCGUGCAUUGUUUAUGCGCUCGAAAGCCUUGUGGGCACUUUUCAUGGCUUUAGGAUGUGGAACUUUUCGCUGUUUUCUUCCCCCUAAAUCUGCUGGGACCGUUGUGAUGAAAGCUUCAGCACAAAUAACGACGCUUCGCCCUCGUGUCAAACAUAGACAAAUGGAUUCAACAAAACCGGGCAAUGUAGUUUAUGAGAAUUGAUCAACUAUAUAUGUACCUACGCAGGGCAAAAUGUGGGGAAAUGGCGGAAGGCAUGGGAGAUACCGAGAGGAGAAACACGUUAGAGGAGUGAGCCAGAGUAACCUAGAGUCCUUUUGUCUGAAGAUGCGGCUUCGCGCAGAAUCCAUUUGGUAUCGGAUGGUAAGGUAGCGGGAAGCCGAGAUGUCGGGUGUGGAGACUCUAGGGCUCAUCAUUUACACGGUAUCACGUCGACAGCAUGUCGAAUGCACAUCUCAGAGCCCCGCACAUGCGAGCAAAAAACUGGUUCGGGUCUCGGUCCUGCUGAUUGGUCAUUACGUUCUGACAUGGCCAGACUGUUGUUCAUGUGACAUUGCGGCUUGUCUGUUCGGUCAACCGGCUCUUACAGCAGAAAAAUCGAGCGUUUUGGCCCUCUUGUUGUGCUCUUUCCUUUGACGGGCGUGAACCAAUAGUGCUAAAAGCAGUCGGAAAGCACUAUGGCCCGAAAGACGCAUGCACCGUAGAGCCGUAAAACGUCGGUAGUUGCUGAAGUCAGAUCCCUGUUGUAGGAAAGACUUGUUUAUGGGGCUGAACUCUUGCCUAGUCUUUUGUGUGUUCGCUGUGAAUGUGAAGUUUCGGGUUCAGUAUUACAAGAAGUGGCUGGAGUAUAUCCAGGGGGCUGGAAUCGUGUAAGUCUGUCCGCGAGACGGACCAUUGCACGUCGUACACUCGGUUCAGCAAUACAGAAGGUUCAUAUUGACCCAGCUGUGAAAAACUCGGCGCCUCGGUGGGAUUCGAACCCACGCAGUAAGGGGAAGGCUUUAGCGCAGCCAACGCUCUAACCACCUGAGCUACGAGGCCCCGCCGGACGACGCGAGCCUGGUAGUCAUCUGGUGGAUUCUAGGUGAAUUACUUAGGAAAUCCUGCUUGGGCAGUCAACUUACUGUAUCAGAUUUGGUGGAUUCCAGACGUUGCAGUAGGUUGGGCAGGUAACUUGACCCAAAUGUGAUUAAACUCGCGUCGUCCGGCGGGGCCUCGUAGCUCAGGUGGUUAGGGCGUUGGCUGCGCUAAAGCCUUCCCCUUACUGCGUGGGUUCGAAUCCCGUCGAGGCGCCGAGUUUUUCACAGCUGGGUCAAUAUGAAUUAGGCAAGAACGGCAGGAUUUAUUGGUACCAAAAAAUUUCACGACUGCUCUUCAGCUGCUUCCUGUCGCUUCAUAAGAGGGAUAACGAGUGAGAACAAUACAACAGAUUUGAAUUCGUGCAGAAAAUCAAUGCAGAAACAACAAGGUUAGGGUUUUGGGCAAAGUUGGCUAAUCGAUAAAGUUAGUAACACAAACGCCGGUAGGGGAAGAAAGUGAAAAAAGGGGAAAAGUUAAAGAGCAAAAAUGAGAGGAGAGAGGGAGAAUCAUGGAGCUAGAGGCUACCAUGGUAAUGUUAGGUUAACCACGUGCUCCAAUUGUUUACAAAGAUCUGGUUUCACUCGUCGUAUAAAGGCUGCCUCCAGGUAACGCAAUGUCCGAGUUGUUCGUGCCGUUCUUGCCUACUUCAGCUUCGUACCGGGGACAAAAUGCUUCAAAUUUUUAAAACAAUAUCAAUUAGUCAAAAUCUGCCAAAAUAUCAAUGGAAUACGGAAGGUGGCGAAACGUAAAAGGCGCCGUAAUUCAGGAAGUCUUAGAUAAAUUAAAAGCUUGGAAAUAGUAAUCUCCAACAGAAAGUAGACUUAGAAGUCCGUAUGCAUCUUGGGCGAAUUCACUCAUCAAUCAAGCACCCCGGGGUGCAGUCAGUCGCAAAAAAUGAGUCAAUGACGGGGAUGUGAAUAGAAAGGCCAAAUAAAGCAUCAGUUAGUGAAGCUAACAUAGGCCUCGCUGAGUAUUUGUUUGGGCUUGCCCAACAAUCCGAAUGCGUGCGCGUUGUCUGGCUUGAAUCACCAUUAGAUGCCAGCAUCGACAACCACGAAAACGUACACGGCCUUUCACGGUGAACCACAAUUACCGGGAAAUUACCGCUGUUCUUUAAGGACUGAGUUCCUCACAUCCACGUAAGGGUGCUGAGGCCUGUGGCCAGUAACACAAGGACCAACAGCUGACGAAGGCAGCUGGACAGUAGCCACUUUCUGACGUAAGCCAAUAUUUAACGAUCGAGAAUUAUCAACGACAAAAACAAGAAUGGUCGAGUUUAUUUUCCGAAAAUUUAAAACUAGUGACAUUAGAAUCCGUCUUUGUAAGGUGUACGUUAGACCUGGCCAGAAGUACUGUUCGCUUUUAUUUGGUCUCCUACGCGCUGCUGAGCGGAAGAAAGUAGAAUACGCCCAACACUUUUCAUCUAAAGAGUUUUAACCUUGGAACGCCGAAUGCUGGUGUACGAAGAACGUUGGGGACGUGCAAACCUUGAUCCCUUCUGGUCACACCGAUUAAAAAUGGGUUCUUUUCCCUGCUUCAGAUUUUACGCUGUCGUACAUUUAGUCAGUUUAUUAAUUUGAAGCAUCUUGACUAUCCUCGACCCGAUAUUCACCGCGAGGUAUUCUUUCUUCUUCCUCUGGCACGUCCAUUUUGAUAUUGUCAUUUCUUUUCUGUGAACACAAUUGCAAUUUGAAGCGAUUUACCCCGGAAUACGCUAAUUCUGCAAAAUUAUUCUUUGUCUAAGAGAACUAUUACUCGUCUUCUGCACUCAGAAAAACCCACCAUCUUGGGUGCUGAACCCACCGAAUUAAUGUUCCGUAGUGAGGGUGUUCGUGGUCUCUGAUCCUUCUGUCCGGCCUCAACUUGUGGGAAAUGGCAGUUACUCUGCAGUCAGCCACCCAGCGGUAAUUUCCGCAGUCAAUAGCUAGCAAUCAUUCAUUCGUGCGUCUUGUUUGGUGAAGUCGAAAUUCCAUGAAGAGGGAUGGUGAAUUAAAACAUCUGACACAAUGUUAACCAAUCACUUUAUUGACUGACUUCGUUUCGUGAGCUGCUAUUCAUUCUUCUCCUGAGCUACCGAAAAACUACGAACUACAUUUACUUCUUCGGGAGUUUUUUCGCCAUUAGCUCGACCCGUACUCUGCCUUAUUUGACAAUGCCCACAAACCGGCAUUAAAUACAAUUAUUAUUAUUAUUAGUUUAGGAGUGGUCGCUUUUGGAUUUUUAUUGUCAUCAACCGCCAACGCAAAAGCGACUGAAAGUAGUGCAGAUAUUAUCAUUCCAUUCUUCCGUAUUUCCUCUCAGUAACUUCUCUCAUGCGCUUCUGUGAUACGCGAAGAAAGUGGGCCUGACGCAGAUGCCUGUGGCAGCAGUGGGGCAAGAGAGUGGCUUAUUGUAUUAGAUUUGGUGGAUCCCAUACGUUGCAGUUGGUUGGGCGGGCAACUUGACCCAAAUGCGAUUAAACACCCAGCCCCUUUUGCUCGGCUCCGCAGGGGGCGUCACGGCAGGGGGUGGGGGGAGUAGAACUUGCCAUCGUAAACACCCACCCCCUCCCCCUGUGAUGCCGACACCAGUGACCUCGAUGAGGGCGCCGCCGCCAAGUCUACGACUUGUAGCGCGUUGUAUCAAUUUGGCCUCUAUAGAUGGGGGCUUUUCUAUUUCAGAAGACCACUUGGCGAGGCUACGUUUGCCUUCUAUAAAUUCACAGCAGGGCAGCACAAUUAUAUGGGAUUGGGGUACAAGUCGAACAUAUCAGUGAUUAGAAAAAUCGAUUAAAAUUCGUUUUGAAACCACAGGCGAUGUGGGAGCGGAAGACGGUGGAGAGUUGCAUGUAGGUAGUCGACCUUUGAACGGGGAAGGCGGUGAGCCCGAACGAGGUUCCGGUAACAAUCGGGAGAGGGCUCCCAAACAUCUGUUGCCUAGAAAGAAUACCUACUAUGGCUAUUUGAGUAGGUAUUAGCCCGAGGUUCCUCAACAAGCACCAGGCCGGCUUCCGUAACCUGAUCGCGGCGGCUUCUGCUGUUGCUAACAGACGCUGACCCAGUAUCUUAUCGUAGCGCAAAGGACCUUAUAAAUCACACGAUCUCUCAAACUGACAGCAUGCGCGAGAAUGGCAUCGUUUAUACUCCUGGUUUCGCCUUUUCCCAGCCAUGUCGGAAGGUCUUCUCGUACUUUUCUGGAUAGGCACCGACGCGUGCAACCAAUAUAACCUGCUCUACAGGAGCAAGUAAAGAAUUAGAUGUAUUCGCAGAGAAAUAGUCUGAGAUGACAGCCUGUCAUUAUCUUCUCUGCAUAAAAUAGGGAUACUGGAGGAUAAUAUUCGGACCCUCGCUGCUGUGAAGGUUCGUUACAGUAGGGUCAAGACGUCCUCUUAGUUCACUCGCAGGGCCUUCUUGAAGGGGAAGAGUCUUCUUUUCGGCAGUCAGUAUGGUAGACGUUCCUGGUCGUUCCGCAAUAUUCUUUGCCAUAAAACUACCAGCAUACCGGUUUCCACGAAGCAAGUUCUGGACCUUUCUAAGCUCCUCCUCGGUGCUGUCUGUCGAGCGAAAUUUCUGGCCUGUUUUCAAUUUAUAAGAGGUUUUGGAGAACUGGCAUUCCUCCCUUCAACUCAGCCAAGGACAUUCCUCUGCUUUGAUGUGCGAGCAUGGUUAUUCCCUUUCCAUACCAUAAAUUAACUCGUCCUUUGUUCCUGCUGGUUAAGGACACUCAAAGGCCGACAACAAUCCACAGACUUCCAGAGGAAAACGAGAAUCUGCGCCAGUUGCUGAAGUCACCAGUUACGAGAGACAGUCUCUUGGUGGACCUUGGACCAUUAUGCUUGAACGCUUUUUUGCCACUGAUGUAUGGCAUUUUGAUGCUAAAGGUCCCCAUUAGUACACGGCUCGGCAAGCAUCUUUUUGGAAAAUCCUCAUCGGGUUUGUUAGUUUUACUGGCGGCUAAUACUGCCAUUUCGCACUAUUUUCAACAAAAACAAUCCCACUAUGUAGCUUACCUGGGUAUAGGGUGAGGAUGGCAAUCCGCUUCGAAGUCCCAAGUCAAAGGCUUACGUAUGCGGUAGCGUAACGACGAGCAAUCGAUAAUCGAUAAGCGCCGCCGACCGGAACAAGGGAGAUUACAACGACCACUUCUGACUCGUCACUGUCAACGGACUACAUCCAACGCCACAUCCGCCAUGAGGAAUUUGAGUAUGAGAUUGUCAGUAAUUGAGCUCUACAUAUUCCAAGCAGACACAAUGGAUGGCAAGAAAAUAUAGCCCGGCCAGGUUUUCUCAGAACACCCUACUUCGGUAUCAGCUUUCAAGAUUUGCCUUGAGAAAGUAGUUCUGAUGACUGCAAAAUAAGAAGGGAGUCUCUUCUUGAUGAUAAGUAUUGUACAUAAUACAGUCAAGUGUUUACUGGCAAUGGAAACUCCUUGACGCUCAACGGCUCUUAUUGUCAUCAGAAAGACAGUAAUAUUGCAGAACAAAAGUCCCUGCUUAUAAACCGCAGACCGCUGCAUGUAGCUGAAUGAGCUUGCGACUGGCUCGUGGUGCUUUGAAAAGAUGUAUUCGCUGACAAACAAGACCACUUACGUAAUACGGGGAAGGAAAGUUGUUUGACAGAGCAGAGCAUUUUGUAAUAUCUUAUCAAAUACCCACUGCAGAAGCCCAACUAAUUUUUUUCGAAAGUGUCGAGAUGCGAUGGUCGACAAAUUGAAGGUUCCCAAAUCAGAAGACAGUUAUAUGAACAAUCAGCACCACAAGCAUUCACAGUUAUCGUUCUCACCAACCAAGUGUCAGCCUAUAUGCAUGCGCCUGAACUUUGUCCAGCUGUGCCCAAUCGGUGAGGCAAAAAAUGUCAACUGGUAUCGCAAGCCGGGGGUUAAGUCACGCGCGUAGGCGGACCGGAGGCGACAUUAGCAAGCGACGGCGCUGACGACCGUGAAGACGCUUCGGUUGGCCGGACUUACCGUAGAUCAGAGUUAACGACCUCCUUCUAAUUCACUACUAAUCACCCCUUACGUUUAGACCAGCACCCUUUCUCCAGAUUUUAUCCUUUUCGGCGCGCUGGUUGAUAUCAAGACUUACGGACUAACCUAUUUAUUAAGCAACGCGUUUUCUGUCCGACUUGCUAUUUGACCCCUAAACCACUUCCGCAAUCGCAUUAUGUAGAUCCUAUCGUAGUCUGCUUUUGGAAUUUUUAAACACGAGCCACUCCUCAGUUUAGUUGAAGAAGAAGAAGAAGAAGAAGAAGAAGAGGAAGAAGAAGAAGAAGAAGAAGAAGAAGAAGAAGAAGAAGAAGAAGAAGAAGAAGAAGAAGAAGAAGAAGAAGAAGAAGAAGAAAAGAAGGAGAAGAAGAUGGGCUCACCGGAAGAAGUUUAUUUAGAUGCUGACGUUUCGAAGAGCUUGGUCGGCUCUCCAUUGGCAAAGCGUAAAAUGCACUUAAUCGACCAGAAGAAUAACAAGAACCGCCAGACCGACCCACCCGACACUGGUUCAGUCACCUCCCCCGACGGAGUGGUGACUCACAACGCACGCAGGCAAAAGGCCCGUCAACCAUCCCCCGGGAGGCCGACGCAGCGAGAGGAGAGGGAAAAUCGAUCAGCACGAGGCCGAUCAACGUGACACGCCACUUGGGAUUUCUGGGCGGUUAAGUGCAUUUUGCGCUUUGACGUUGGAGAGCCGACCAAGCUCUUCGAAACGUCAGCAUCUAAAUAAACCUGCUCCGGUGAGCCCAUCUUCUUCAAACAAUCAACCCGGAUCUCUCAACUUUGCCAACCUCACAGUUUAAUCAGUCUGUCAAGUGCUUUACCAUACACUAUGUACUCAUUACUAGAACGCCGGUCGGGAGUCACUCUGAUAAGUUAUGUACCUAUAAGAUACUAAUAAAUAAGACUGAUUUCGGCUACAUGGUGGAGCCUGGCAUCAUGCGGCCAACGAAUUUACUCAAAAGCUGCCCUCUAAACGCAUUCCAUAAGUCAGUAAAGCGUCCGUAGCCACGUGCUAAUUGCCGUCGUCUGAACAAUUGACUUCACUCCACCGAUACCCGCUGCUGCACUUCACACACACACUUGCGAACAAGAUAAAAUCGUCCAAAUACUGACCUAGAGAAAACAUUCAAAGAAUUUGCCGCCGCCUAAUAAGACUACUUUUGGACUUCCCGAUUACGCUCGUGUGCGUUAUGGCCUUCGCAGAUCUGCCCAACAUUCGGAGACCUCAUAAAAACGUCUACAGAGACCUGCGUUUUGUUCCUGUGUACGUCGACGAUAGGCUGGUCGCCAGAUCAGUGGUACGCCUGGGCGCAGACCCAUGCCUCGUCAUCCUCUUGCGGCCAAUUCCCGCAUCAGAUGGCUGAUUGACUCGAACGGCGAACGGGUGCCUGGGAGGGGGAAGAGGUCGACUCUGAGGACAGCCUCCCCGCGACUUUCAGCGCAUAUACCCAAUUAUAAACGAUCAGAUGUGCCGUUAAAUCAUCACAAUACGUUAAAAGCAGUAGCUUCGAAGGUUGCAGGCCGGAGAGCCAGGUUGCAUUGGCUCUUUGGCACUGCCAUUUAGAUGGGAUCCAGGCAGCCCCUUGGUGGUUUUGACAAAAAGCUGGCCCAUCCAGUGCGGACCAGACGUAUGUGGCAAACGCAGACUGGCCAAUUGACUUUGUCAGUCCCUGGUCCCGAUUCUUAUCCGAUAUUCUUGACCUUGUCUUGACACGGGGCUCAGGUGAUGGAGGACAGAGCGCAGUAGAUGCAGCGAAAGUGUACUAUCCCUAAAAACUACUUCACGCAAAAGGCACCGUCUCCCCGCCCACACGAGGCACACCAUCGUUUGCGAUGGUCGAACUCUGGGUGCGGUUUUCUCGGCGCUGGACCAUAACGGGAAUCAGGCUGGCUUGUGACACGCUUUUAGUAGGUUGCAAUACGUUUGCGCGAGUCUAUAACUGCUGCCGCACAUAUUUAUGCCACUCCUUAGACGUAGGCCGCGCAAGCAACUGUGGCCAUUCCCAUCCAGCGCCAGUUGACAGGCUCGGACAGUCGAGGAGAGGGAGGCCACCUUCACAACGCACCAGCGCACUCCUCACCAUAAGAAAGUCAAUGCGCUUGAGUUCAUCAUGAAGCGCGAAGAGUAGUACCCUGAGAGGUUGCCAAGUGACGGAAAAAUUUUGUCCUUCUCAGGACUCAGACUCAGGCUUCAGGGGUUCCUUCUUAAUGUAGUCUUUAUGGAACUUUCACCCAUGCGAGGUCCGAGCGUCCCUUACAGCAGCCUGGCGCAUGAGGUAGGGACCACGUCGUAUGUGCCAUGCGCAGACGAACUGUUCGGUUUGUCAACCACUGGGCUCACGCUCAUCUUCGGUCAUACUAACAUCGUCCUCUCAUAGGGAUCAAGUAGGUGAUAUUGCAGUAGAUGCCGCGCAAAGCUGUCCCGUUAUAAAGUACUUUACGAGCAGGUCAUCGGUACUGAGUCCAUUUCGUGAGGCGGACGGUGGAAGUCGUCGCUUCCGACAGCUAAAUAAAUUCAAUAAUGCAAGACAAAGUACUUUUACAUCCCCAGAUCGUACCUUGUUUCAUUCCUUAUCGUGUGGAUAUUGGCAAAAACGCUAUGAUAGAAUUAUGGGUUAUAAGGCGAUAUUCGAUACUGUUAGACAAAACUGCGCUCUUGAAGGUUGACCUAUCCACAACAAACUUGCUGACCAAUGGGUAUUGCCGGAAUACGAAUUGGUUGUCAGAAUGAUUAAAGGGUUAGCCUUAGGCGGCCUUAUAUCAAUGGCACUCAUAGGCAAUUAGAUAUUACGCAGCUUACGAUUCUUAUGCAUGGUGACACUAGCGAGUCAGAUCCCGUCCCUUUUUAUGCGAGACUUGAUAGGAUCGUUCGUUCUUACUCACUCCACUGUCAUCGUCCAGACUGAUGUAGUUCUAUUAUGUCGCUUGGCUGUCUAAGCAAAUAACCACCUUUCGUUGCUCUCUCUCUCUCUCUCUCUCUCGUCCCUUAUCCUUCUAAAACUACUGUUAGGGGUCCGUCUAAAUGUAGUUUGGAGAGACUAAAUUCACUUAGGUGCCGGAUAUCUGAAAAGUAACGAAAAUGAACGGCUUUGCCAUUUGGUCUAAUCUGAGUUCAUUUACCCACCUACAUUGGAGGACUCUUGCAUUUAUACAAAUCUAUGCGAUCACGUAAUUAACAUAAUUCGCCUUAUUUGAAUCUCCACUCAAUUAGUUCCUCAGUUGUUCCAUCAAAUCAGUAUGACUGUACUGGUCCUUAAACACAACGACGACGUGAAGUAGGAAAAUGUAAGUCCGUACAAUGGUUCUGUGGCACAGUGUCAUAUCGAAAACGGGUCCUUUGCACUUAGUUGACGUGCCACUAUGGCAAUGAUGGGAUAGAUCAUGUUUAGAUAGCCACAGCCACUUACAUCGGGGAGGGGCGUAAGGACGUCACGUGAGAUGGCCCUCGCCAAUGGAUGGCAGGCCGCAGCGUACAAAUGGCAACUGCUCCUCACGGUCCUUAACAGGCACCUUACUUUCAUCUGCGGCUCUCUGAAGUCAGGCUCUGCGUAAUAGCCACGUCCCGGUAACCGUCUCAACCGGCGGGAUAAACCAGACGAAGGAACCCGGUGUUGUGUUCCUACACCCAGUCAUUCUGCUGUCAUCCCCGUCUGCUGACUUCUCUCCUUCUAAGUUAAAAGUCCUACUGAGAGGGCGACAUGCGAUGCCGUAUGCGGACCGGGCUAACUAGUGCUCCUCUCCACUAAACAAAGCCGUGGCCCAAAGUGAAGUUCGACAGCCAGUCUGGGAUGCCUCAGGAGCCGUAUGUAGGGGUAGUACUUCAUACCCACUGGCAGGGGAAUGACUAGGAGAGGUACACUAAAAUGCUGCUAAACCACGCCGUCUGCUAGUAGGCCAUGGCACAUAGCUGCAAAUUUAGCGGUCCAAGAUGGCAACGAGCAACCACAGUAGUCCCUCUCAUCUCCGCCCAUACUCACAGGCUGCCAGGAUGAGAUGGUACCAUCUGGUAGUUUAGAAUUCUCGCUCCCUUCUAGAAAAUCCGACGAGCAGUGGAUGGCAACGAAGGACGACGCUAGUCGCUCGGGAACUGGCACGCUACAAGGUGAACAUCGCCACACUCGGCGAGACCCGCUUCUCCGAAUAAGGCUAACUAGAGGAGGUUGGUGACGGCUACACCUUCUUCUGGAGCGGUCGCCCCAGGGCAGAGCGAUGGGACGCGGGCAUGGCCUUUUCUAUCCGGAAACACCAUCGUGGGAGGACUACCCUGUCUGCCACAGGGCAUCCAUGAUCGCCUGAUGAGCCUCCGCCUGCCUCUUCGGGGAGGGGGGCAAAUUCGCCACCAUCGUCAACGUCUACGCCCUCCCGAUGACCAGCCCUGACGUUGAAAGGGACGAAUUCUACGAGGACCUGCACGCCCUAUAGGAGACUGUGCCGGAGGCGGACACACUGAUCGUCCUUGGUGACUUCAGCGUCCGCGUCGGCACAGCCCAUGAUUCCUGGAGAGAAGUUCUGGGUCUCAUGGUCUCAACGGCUCCAAUGGCAAUGGCCUGCUCCUUCAACGAUGUGGACAAAGGCGACCUGGAUGCACCCCUGAUCGCGGCGCUGACAGCCGCUGAAGCACGUUUUCGUUCGAGGUCGAGACCGGCGAGAUGUGCUAGUGAAUAAGGCGAUCCAGGGUGCCGGCGGGUGGACCGAUCAUCGUCCCGUCAUCUCCAAGAUUAGGAUUCGCCUACAGCCUCGCAGGAGACCUCAAGGAAAGCUACCACCACGUAGGCUGAAUACUGCUUUGUUGUCCUUGCCUGCUCACCAUCUCCAUUUCAGCAAUGAACUAGCUCAAAGGCUAGCCAACCAUCCAGUCGCCGCCGCUGCUGCUGCCGACGAAAACGUUUCCGUGGACAACCGAUGGAGCCAACUGCGGGACACAGUCCAGUCGACGGUCCUGGCUGUCCUCGGUCGCGCACGUCGCCAACAUUGA